CAGCAGAGCGCAAGAUUUCUCGGACCAGGAGUGAGGGAAAAAAGUUCCACAACACCUGGGUCAAAACAAGUUAUAAGUAACUAUGAAACUGUUCCAGGUACAAAUAUUAAUCAUCAACUUUUUUCUUCCUGUUCUUCAUGCACCGAUGUUUGUGAUCAUAGUACAAAGCCUUUUCGAUCAACACUUGUUGAAUCAUUUAAAAGUUUUAAGGUAGCCGAACUUGGCGUUUUUAGGGAAAAUUCUGGUAAAUACUCCACCCAAAAAUCUAGUGGUAUUAGCCUUGAAGUGAACGAUGAGACUAAUUCCGGAAUGUCAUUUAAAACAGAACCAUAUGGACCACCAAGUAGCCCAGAUUCAACAGCGGAACCAAACCUGCCCCGUAACAUCGACGACUGCGCUGGAUGUGGACGAUUUAUACAGGAUCGUUUCUACCUCUCCGCAGUUGAAAAGCGGUGGCAUGUUAACUGUCUGCAAUGUUACGCGUGUCGACAGCCGUUGGAUCGGGAAUCAUCAUGCUACUCGCGAGAUGGCAACAUUUACUGUAAAAGUGAUUAUUUUAGUUUUUUUGGUACAAGGCGGUGUUCUCGUUGUCUAGCAAGUAUAAGCUCAUCUGAACUAGUGAUGCGUGCAAAAAAUUUGGUAUUUCAUGUUAACUGCUUUUCUUGUGCAGUAUGUCGAUCUCCACUUACAAAAGGAGAUCAAUUUGGAAUUGUUGAAUCACUAGUUUAUUGCAGAACCCAUUAUGCAGUAGCACGAGAGGAAGAAACGUCGACGAAUUUAUCAAAUUCAACUUUUACCUAUGUUUCCCAAUUUGGAUCACCUCAUCAUGAUUCAUCGAGUCCUCAUUCAGAUCCUAAUCGCAUUGUUCCUAGUAACAUUUUUGUCCCUUCAUCUCAUAUUAUGCCAGGAUUACCGCAGCCACCACGCCAAAAAGGAAGACCGCGAAAAAGAAAACCGAAAGAAAUAGAAGCACUAACUGCCAAUAUGGAUUUGAGCACUGAAUACCUUGAUUAUGGUCGAGCCUCACAUCUAACUUCAUCAUCACGAACAAAAAGGAUGAGAACGUCUUUUAAACAUCAUCAGUUACGAACUAUGAAAUCUUAUUUUGCAAUAAAUCACAAUCCAGAUGCGAAAGAUCUGAAACAAUUAUCACAAAAAACUGGUUUGCCAAAAAGAGUACUACAGGUAUGGUUUCAAAAUGCAAGAGCAAAGUGGAGGCGAAUGAUGAUGAAACAAGAUGGCAGUAGUAUGUUGGAAAAAGGCGAAAUACCUCUUGACCUGGAUAGCAUAUCUGCACACAGUCCUACCUCGUUUAUAAUGGGUAGAAGAAGUACUUCACCACCCCAUAAUUUAGAUUAGUUGCUAGAGAUAAUUAUAUGUAAGCAACAUCUUAUGAUGGGUUGACGAUCGGCAGGGAAUAUACCGCCUUUCUUUACAGUAGUUUACUUGAAAAAUCAAUUAAAGUUAUGUACAUUACCCAUAUUACAUUCACUGCUAACAUAAAAUUCAAAAAUGUAUAUUAGAGUUAUAUUACUUAUAACUACAUUUUUUUUAGAUUACUUAUCACUGGUUAUGUCUUUAUUUCUAUGAAUAGAGGACAUCUAUUCGAGUGUAACCGUAACAAUU